UGCAGCCGGACCUCGAGCUAGCCGACCGGCCUCAGCUACGAGCGGAACGGCGGCAGCCGCCACCCUCAGGAGACCAUCAGAUCACCUCUUCCCGCGGCCUCGGUAUGGCGUCCUACGGAUCAGGCUGCGCGCGGCCAAUGUGUAUUCCUCCAUCAUAUGCUGACCUUGGCAAAGCUGCCAGAGAUAUUUUCAACAAAGGAUUUGGUUUUGGGUUGGUGAAACUGGAUGUGAAAACAAAGUCAUGCAGUGGUGUGGAAUUUUCAACAUCUGGUUCAUCUAAUACAGAUACUGGUAAAGUUACUGGGACCUUGGAGACCAAAUAUAAAUGGUGUGAGUAUGGUCUGACUUUCACAGAAAAAUGGAACACUGAUAACACUCUGGGAACAGAAAUUGCUAUUGAAGACCAGAUUUGUCAAGGUUUGAAACUGACAUUUGAUACCACUUUUUCACCAAACACAGGAAAGAAAAGUGGUAAAAUCAAGUCUUCUUACAAGAGGGAGUGUAUAAACCUUGGUUGUGAUGUUGACUUUGAUUUUGCUGGACCUGCAAUCCAUGGCUCAGCUGUCUUUGGUUAUGAGGGCUGGCUUGCUGGGUACCAGAUGACCUUUGACAGUGCCAAAUCAAAGCUGACAAGGAAUAACUUUGCAGUGGGCUACAGGACUGGGGACUUUCAGCUACACACUAAUGUCAACGAUGGGACAGAAUUUGGAGGAUCAAUUUAUCAGAAAGUAUGUGAAGAUCUUGACACUUCAGUAAACCUUGCUUGGACAUCAGGUACCAACUGCACUCGCUUUGGUAUUGCAGCUAAAUAUCAGCUGGAUCCCACUGCUUCUAUUUCGGCAAAAGUCAACAACUCUAGUUUAAUUGGAGUGGGCUACACUCAGACUCUGAGGCCUGGUGUGAAGCUUACAUUGUCUGCUCUGGUAGAUGGAAAGAGCAUUAAUGCUGGUGGCCACAAACUUGGCCUUGCCCUGGAGUUGGAGGCUUAAUCCAGCUGAAAGAAAUCUCUGACGUUGGAUAUCAGAAGAUUUGGCCUUAACAUAUUUCCAGUGUGACCAGCAGGCUCUCUCCCCUCUCCCUCCCCUUGAAGGUGAUCAAAAACCAGAUGAUCUACAAACAAGAGCUGUAUUUUAAAUAUUUAGACAGUUACUUGUUAGCUGGUUUCUAGUUGGAUUGGUUAUCUAGUUACCAAUACUGCAGAUGAGCAGUCACCUAUACAUUAUUUAAAUGUAUUUAACUGUUAAAUGCGCUACCCACCAAUAAUGAAAUAGACCUUUAUGAAAACUGCAGUCGUGUGCAUGUUUGUUUUUAUGUUCCUUUUAACAUUGAAUAUUGCCAUUGAAUAAGAUGGAUCAGUGGAUGUUAUGAGGUCUAAAAAUUUUUUUGUUAAAUCCAGCCAUCUAAUUAGGAUUACUUUUGGUAUCUCCAAACGUUACAAAUUAUGAAUAAAAUAAGUAUAUAUUA